CAACUCAACCAGCUCCCCCCCCAAAAAAACUCUUCUUGGUCAGACUAUCACGAGAGGGAUUAGGAGAGAGUCCACGCACUGUACUGAUUCAGCCUGCCUGUCCCCCGCCUAACGCUCAAACUUGACGUCAAUCCAACAAAGUGCGCGUGGGCACGCGACCCCUCCCAAAAACUUCACUUCUCUAUCCUCUACAAGCCCACCAGCUCUCGCCGAAUUCCCUUCCCCACCCAAUCCAGUCAAUAAACCUCCUACAACCAUCUCCAACAUCCCCAGAUAAUCUCCCUCAAGCGAAUCGCUUACCAACCCCCACCCGCGAAAAACAAGAAACACUACACAAUGACCACGGCAUCCCCCACCAUCCUCCUCCCCCACCUUCCCCCAAAGACCCUCGUCGGCAUCGACCUGCUCACCUUUACCUCGACCGCCAACUUCCACGGCAUCCGCGACCUUCCCUCGGGGUGGCACUUCCUCUACACCGGCACGACUGAAAGUCUCUCCCUCCGCAGCGGAAGCUGGUUCUACGUUGGGGCCCUCGCCGCCGCCGCGGCUGAUACGAAUCCCGGCGCACUCGUCUCUUUUCAGGCACAACAACAACAACAACGACAACCAAAUGGUCAAGACAUCAUCGUUUGGAAAUGGGAUACGGAGAGUGAAACCCUCGCGCCGUUGAGCGCCGAGAGCGAUGCCGAUCGGCAGGAGGCGAUGCGGCAGAAGGCGAAUCUGGGGGCGGUCUAUCGGCGCGGCGGGUUGUUUCGGUAUCGGAGUCGGGUGACGGGGGCGAUGUUGGCGAUGCAGCAACAGAAGCUGCAGCGGGUGGUGCGGUUUGAAGAAGAUGAGGUAGACGGGGAGGAGGAGGAUGAGGAGGAGCAGGAUGGGAGGAGGGAUUGGCUAGGUUUGACGGAUAGGAUUACGGCCGGGUUGUUGGAUCGGAUCGUCGGGGUUCCUGUUGUGGAUGUGGAUGGGAGGGCUAGGUGGAUGGUUACCUCGGCGAGUUCCGCGCUGAGGGAUAGUGAUGCUAUUCCUGGGUUGACGGUGGAGGCAGAAGAAGAAGGCGGGGAGCAGAGGUUGGAUGAGGGUGCGAUUGAGAGGGUUACCGGGGAGAAGGAAAGGGAGUUCUCGUUUGUUCCGAUCGAUCUGAAGAGGACGUGGAGGGAGGGUGCGAUUGGGAGGGAAAGGACCGAGGCCGCCCAGGAUCGUUCAUGGGCUUUGGGGGACUUGAUUGACAGGGUUUCAUCGGGGUCAGGGGCCCAGGAUGCUGGGAGUGAUCGGGAGAGGGAGAGGGUUGGGGAAGGCCAGUUGCUCGGCGAGCUGCAGUUCUCUUUCUUGAUGAUCCUGACUCUGAUGAAUUACUCGUGUCUGCAGCAGUGGAAGCGCUUGCUGGAGCUAGUUCUCACCUGUCGAAGUGCGAUCCGUGAGCGGGAGGCGUUCAUGAGCGAUCUGCUCCGCUUGCUCUUGCUGCAGCUGCGUCGCUGUGACGAUGUAGAGGGGGGGUUGUUUGACCUCGAUGGAGAAGAAGGCGGCGCGUUCUUGCGGAAGCUGCUGAUGAAGUUCCGGAAGUCGCUCUAUGAGGUUCUCGAAGGCACAGACUCCCAGGUGAAGACAGAGUUCGAAAAACUCGAAGCUUUCGUCAAAGAAGAGUAUGAUUGGGAGCUCAAUCGCGACGUCAUUCUUCGACGAGGUAUGGUUCAACUGGAGGAUGGUGAGCAGGUUGAGCUGGAGGUGGAGGGUGACAAUGAAGAAGAGGAGCUUGGAGAAUACGCGCCUAUGGUUGUGGACCUUGGAGAGGGUACUGGAAUGGACGAUAGCGAUUCUAGUGAGAACCUGAAUUAGCAGCUGGGGCUGUUGGAUGGUCCAUGGCCAAUGUAAAUCCAGUGGAUAGCAUGUACUGUAUACAUCCUACCACGGGAGAUGUAUUCGAUAAUGAAUAGUUGACACGAGGUUAUGAAACAGAAAGUCGAAUCGAAGGGUUCUGAACUACAAGAGGA